AUGGCAACAAGAAAGAAAAUGACUGUCACUGAGGUUUUAUCCUUGCUUGAGAACAUUGAUGAUGCAGAGUCUGAUGGAGGAGCAGAGAGCGAUGUCUCUUGGUCUCUUGACAGUUCGGUUGAGCCCUAUCUGUGCACGUGCCUGCUGGAAAGGCUGUAUGACCUGAGAGAGCCAGUGGGGGCAGCCUUGGCCUCUUUAAGGACAGAUGUAAGCCCUCCUACUUCAUUGGAAUAUGACACCAUGAAAGAUGCUCUUGAAAUACUGGCCCCAUUCCACCAGGCCACAGUAGAGCUUUCUGCAGAGAAAAUAGUGUCACCAUCAAAGGGACCUGUGCUCCGACUACUCGACACAACGUUGGUAGAUCUGGGAUAUGCAAACCGCUCUGUACUGGAUUUGUCUAUCCUGGUGGAUAAUAUACCCCACACAACACAGGGUGGCCAUGGAGCAUGCAAAAGACAGCGAUCCAAUCAGGCCACGGUUCACCCCCCAAGGGGACAGCAUACAACUUUACGAAAUGUUGAUGCAAAGAGACAACGAACGGCUCAGAGUGCGUCCCCCGUUUUGAAUGCCAGCGUCAUCGCGAUCGAUAAUGUAUCACCUUUGGAGUCUGACGCUAGAACAUCUGGACAAGGGUCGAGCACACAUGACAUAGCAGUGAGCUUUGUAGAUUGGGAUGAGGAUCUGAUUAAUGCGUGGGACGCUUGCGAUUUUGAACUACCUACACCGUCGCAAUCGCCAUCAGCGUCCAUGAAUGUUCAAGAAACACCUGUGGCUUCCGAACAGACCCCAGAGUUAGGGGUGAUCCACAUAAAUCGAGAAGACAACAAAUCUAAGGAUACAGAAUUGUACCCAUCUGUCUUGACCCAGAGCCUCGAGGUCCAAAGCUCCACGGCUUCCGAACAGGCCCCCGCGGUGGUACCCCUAAAUCGAGAAGAGGUUGAUUCUGAGGAUACAGAAUUGUGCCCAUCUGUCUUGACCCCGACCCUUGAGAUUCGAAGCGCCGUGUCUUCCGAACAGGACCCGGAGCCCCUGCCUGGUAAUCAACAGGCCUAUAGAAACGAACUUGCGGCUGAUGAACAGGUCACGGACAGCACAGGAAAUGAAGUGACUCUAGAAGAGAUCAAAGACUUUUUGCAUUAUGUCUGGUACGCUUAUGUACAGUUUAAGCAGUUUGUUGUCGACGGUUUAUCAAACCAGGAUACAGAGCGUAGAAAACAGUUUGAGUAAAGCACCGAAAUUGUCACUCUGCUAAAAAAACGACUUUGUAAGUGACAAAUCAUCAUUUGUUUGCUGACGUUUUAAAUUUAUACCGUUUGAGUGUUCUUAAUACCAGAUACUGGGGGAUUUUUCAACGUUUAUAUAAUCCAAUUUAUACAUGUUUUUGAUAUCUUGUUGGUGUUUCUUAUACUCAUUAUUAGGGCCCGAGCACCGAGGAACAAAGGUGCGAAGCCCUAUUGACCGUAGGUGCGAAGCCCUAUU